GUUAUAUACACAUUACAGGCUGCAGUGCAGACAGGGCUUGCUGGCGCCUAGUGUGUGUUUGUGCGUCUUCUGCCUUCUGAAGGCACGCACGCACCAUUCUGCCCUCCUGCUCUCUCCCCCUCCUCCUUCCCACUCCUGUCUCUCCCCGUCCUCCUCUGCUUGAGCCUUGAGCCAUUCAGCAGGUCCAGCAAAAUUGUUUCCAGUCAGUUUCAUUCAUUCGCAAGGUCGGUGUCUGGAGAGAAGAAGAGAAAUGGCGGCGCUAGAGAGGAGAGGAGGCCACCACACUGCUGCUUUCAUCAGAGCAGCGAAGGCCUCCAGUCCUCCUCCUCCUCCAGCGAGGCAGAGGCAGAGGCAGAGGCGCUCCAAGAGCGGUGCCGGUUUGGACGACGACGACGACGACAGAGAUGCCAGGGCCGCGCCGCGUUCUCCGCAGAAGGCGUCCAGACAGACCAAGCUGCAAGAGCAGAAACGCGAGGCCGAGACGGAAGUUCAGCGGCGCAGGAGGAGGAGCGAGGCACACAACUCCCUGAGGAAAGAGAUUCAGCAGCUGGAGACGCGCCUCAGGGAUCAGCAGGUGGUGCGCGGCGCACUGGAGAAAGCGCUGGGGCCUGAGCCUGAGCCUGAGCCCGACGACGACGGCGCUGGUCCACGUCCACUCACUCUCCAGAACGAGAGCCCAGCGCUAAAGCUGAUAAGGGAGGUUGCGACACUGGAGCUGGAGAUCAAGCACUUGGAGCACUACCUGCUGGCACUCUACCGGAAAGCAUUCGAGCAGCAGCAAGCACCCACCACCACCACCGCGCUGCCGCCUUCAGACGAUCGCCGGGACGCGGCGCGCAAGCUGUCGGUGAGCUCACGGCCCGACGACGAGACGCCCAGGGCGAGGGCCCCCGUGAUCAGGGGAGGCGGCGGCAACGGGAGGAGGAACGGCGGCACGGCCGACGACUGCUCGCCGUCGUCGACGUGCCCCCGGAGGACGGCCGCGGACUCGGACCCGGCCGGCCUCCGGAGCCAGUCGGCGCUGUCGUUCCGAGGCGCGUGGUCGUCGUCGUCGUCGACGUCGUCCAGGAUAUCGCCCACGGAGGACAGCCUCGCGCGGGCGCUGCGGUCCUGCCACUCCCAGCCCUUCUCCUUCCUGGAGCAAGGCGAGACGACGGCGCCGUCAGGAGGAGUGGUGAGCCUGGCGGACUACCUCGGCACGAGCGUGGCGGACCACAUCCCGGAGACCCCCAGCAACCUGUCGGAGGAGAUGGUGCGUUGCAUGGCCGGGGUGUACUGCAGGCUGGCCGACCCGCCGCUGCUGGCGCGCCACCGCCCGUCGGCGUCGUCGGCGUCGGCGUCGCUGUCCUCGGCGGCGAGCGCGGUCUCCCCAACACAGUGCCUCGGCGGCGGCGACAACAACACGUGGAGCCCGACCAGCAGCAGCAGCUACCACUGCGGCAGGAGAGACGCCGCCCGGCUAGUCAUCAACCCGUUCCGCGUCGAGGGGGUCAAGGAGUUGUUCAGCGGGCCCUACAGCGCCAUGGUCGAGGUGCCGGCGAUCUCCCGCGACCGCCCCAGGCUCAGGGAGGCCGAGGACCUGCUCCAGACGUACAAGCUGAUUCUCUACCGGCUGGAGACGGUGGAUCUGAGGCGGAUGACGGGCGGGGAGAAGCUCGCGUUCUGGAUCAACGUCCACAACGCGCUGGUCAUGCAUGCGUACCUCAAGUAUGGAGUCCCGCAGCAGAACCAGCUGAAGACGACGACAUCACUGCUUGUCAAGGCGGAGUGCAAGAUCGCGGGGCGCGCCAUCAACGCGGCGGCCAUCCAGGGGCUGGUUCUCGGGUGCACGGCGCACUGCUCCUCCGGGCAUUGGCUGCGGGCUUUGCUGCGCUACCCGAGGACGACGACGAAGGCGAGCCGGCGGGCGAGCAGAGCCGGGGGCGAGGAGUGGCGAGCCUUCGCCGUCCGCCAGCCGGAGCCCCUUCUGCGUUUUGCGCUCUGCUCCGGGAGCCACUCCGAUCCCGCGGUGAGAAAACCAACCAACCAGCACGCCCCUACCCCUUUCGGCGAUCCUGUCUCUCUUUUCUUCUUCUUCUUCUUCUUUUUUGGGUGCAAGUGCAAUGCAAACACGCAAAAGCUCCGCGUGUCUACGUUUUUAUACGCAAAGAGAUUAAAGUGGGCACAGAUGGCUGACAGAACAUAAAGCCUUGAAACCAUGGCUGGGCAGUGUUGUUGGUUCCUAGGAACUCUCUCAGACAUGAUUGAGCUCGAUCACCUAGUCUAGUGCAUGCAUGGAGAUGGAGUAGUCAUGUCCAGAUGUUUCUGAAAGUGGUAGAAGCUGCUGCAUGACGCACUGGAAACCAGUCGCCUGUCGCAUGGAUUGGACGGAUGGAUCGAUGGAUGUACGUACGAACACAAUGAUGAUGAAAGGAGCUUUUGCAAAGCACCUAUACUUUUGUAUCCUUGGUAUAUGUCUGUUACGUAUACCACGCUGUUGGUCAUCGAUCCAAUCCAAGCACUCGACGGACGGCGCAUCAUGAUCAUUAUAUACUGUCUGUUGUUCAGUUCAGAGUCGAUCAGUCCGCCCGCCAGUCGUCGCCGGCGGCGCGGCGGAUCCAGCCCGCACUGUCUCGAUCGACAGCAGGAAUGAAGGAUGCUCAU